GCGCGGGCUCCGCCCCGGGGUGAUGGGGCCAUGGCGGCGCCGGCCGCGUUCAGCCUGCGGGAGGUGCUGGGCGCCUUCGAGGCCUGCGUGACGGAGCGGCGGGAGGUGCUGCUCGGGCCCUACCUGCGCGGCUGGCGGGGGCUCAUCCGGUUCCUGCACAGCCUGGGCGCCGUCUUCUCCUUCAUCUCCAAGGACGCGGAGGCCAAGGUGCAGCUGAUGGAGGGGUACUGCUGCGGCGAGCGGCGGGAGCGGUACGUGUCCCUGCAGUCCAUGGUGCAGUACGAGCUGGCCGGCGGCCUGGUGGACCUGCACAAGCGGUCGGGCCGGCCCGACUCCGGCUGCCGCACGGUGCUGCGGCUGCACCGCGCCCUGCGCUGGCUGCAGCUCUUCCUGGAGGGGCUGAGGACGGGCGGGGAGGACUCGCGGCCGUCCGCGAUCUGCACGGACUCGUACAACGCCUCCCUGGCCGCCUUCCACCCCUGGGUCAUCCGCAAGGCCGCCACCGUGGCCUUCUGCGCGCUGCCGCCGCGCAACGCCUUCCUGGAGACCAUGAACGUGGGCUCGGCCGAGGAGGCCGUGGCCGUGCUGGGGGAGGCCUUGCCCCACAUCAGCGACGUCUACAGCAUCACCCAGGAGCUGUUCGCGGAGCACCGGCUGCUCGACCUGCCCUAGGGCUGCUCGGGAGCCGCGUCCCCGCGGCAGGAGGGUGGACGCGAUGCUGGCACGGGCAGGCGGGGCCGG